CGGCAUCAGUAUGUUCAGAAACUCUAUGCCGCUACUUUCACUUUCUUCCGGUGAGCGGAAGGUGAAGGUGCAUUAUCUUGACGAACACGAAUUAGUCUAGUUAUGCUAUAUAUAUAGCGAACUAGCUAUUAUAUUCUGCCCAGCUUUGACAGACACAAGGUAUUUCCCUAGAUGACAAACGGCUUAAAACAAAAAUGGCGGCAGAAGAACCUGAUGUUACUCAGCUAGAGGGAGAAGUCAUGGAGCUUGAAGAUGCAACAGAUGCCAAACCUGACCGAAAGGGAAGAUUCCUCCUCUUUGGACUUAAGAAGAAUAAGGAUGGCAAGACGCGGGAGCAGGACUACUCCUCUGAAAGCCAUUACAGAAUCGUUUCACCAACAUUCCAGUAUAAGAUGAGCCACCAGCGAGUGGGCAAGUGCAUCAUAAUCAACAACAAGAACUUUGACGAAAAGACGGGGAUGAAUGUACGCAAUGGCACAGAUCGAGACGCAGGCGAAUUGUUUAAGUGCUUUAAGAGCCUGGGCUUCGACGUCUGCAUCUACAACGACCAGACGUGUGAGAAGAUGGAGCGUCUUCUCCGAGAGGCAUCAGAGGAGGACCACAGCGACAGCUCCUGCUUUGCCUGCAUCCUGCUGAGUCACGGUGAGGAGGGUAUGAUCUAUGGCACUGACGGAGCCAUGCCCAUCAAGAGCAUGACCUCACUCUUCAGGGGUGACAUGUGCAAGAGUCUAGUGGGCAAGCCCAAACUCUUCUUCAUUCAGGCUUGUCGAGGUUCUGAGUUCGAUGAUGGCAUACAGACUGAUUCCGGGCCCCCCAAUGAUACCCUGGAAACGGAUGCAAAUCCCAGGCACAAGAUUCCUGUCGAGGCAGAUUUCCUUUUUGCCUACUCCACCGUGCCAGGGUACUAUUCGUGGAGGAACCCUGGGCGCGGCUCCUGGUUUGUCCAGGCACUCUGCAACGUCCUCAAUGAGUUUGGUAAGCAGCUGGAGAUCAUGCAGAUCCUCACACGUGUCAACUACAUGGUGGCCACCAGCUUCGAGUCCUGGUCCGAGGACCCACGUUUCAGCGAGAAGAAGCAGAUCCCCUGCGUGGUCUCCAUGCUGACCAAGGAGCUGUAUUUUAACUGACCGUCAUUGACCACUGACUGACGAGACUAACUAAACCACGCACUAACCGAGCGGUCGAAAAAUUCAGGGUUGAUCCAGGUCCAGCAGGAUGCUGCGCGGUUUGGGAGAGAAUGCCGUUUUGCACGUGUAGCGUAGCUGGGCACAAAAUAAGCUCUCCAAAUGAAUUUCUACAGUGGCACGCUGCGUUCAUGUGUUGGUGGUGAUACUUGCCUCUUCUUCAGGUUAUUCCUAGGAAUAAUGAUGUCACAUUUGAUCUGGUUUUUGUCAACAGGCUGUGUGAAAUAUCCAUGUUAUUUUACUGACCCGGGAAAUUUGCUGCCAGUUCUGUAGGGUUGUUAAAUAGUUAGGAAUCAGUUAUAUCUGAAAUCUGUAAUAUCUGAAAAUGUUCUUCUUAAUUUUCCAGUUUGUCCAAAUUUGGACAUGCGUACAAGCAUUUGAUUGAUUGGACAAGAUCCCAGCUAACAUUAUUUAUGCCUUAGGGCAUUUAUUUUAGUUGGAGGGAAGGGGGCAUUUCUUGAAAUGGAAAAAGCCGAUUUCUAGAGACAUUGGCCAUGUCUGAAAACUGGCUUGCCUACUACUCAAGCUGCAUACUGUGUACUGAUCAUACUACAUACUAUUUAGAACAUACUGUUCAGUAAAAACAAAUGCAGUAAGCUACACAUAUCAGCAUACUAGGCUCAUCCUACUAAGAAUGCCUAAUCUAAUGCGCAAUUGCGUCGAGUCCUGGCAUUAUCAGCUGUUGUCAGACACACGUGGGUCUUGAAAGAUGGUCAACUUACUAAGUAGUGUGCAGCAAGUUCGGCUAGAUGAAAAGCUGAAAUAAGUAUGACAUCUUGGCAUUUUAAAGCAUACUAAAUUUCACAUAAUAUACUGUGAGAACGUUUAUGAACCAUCGUACUUGAACGUUCUACUAAAACGUUCUACAAGUGUUUGGGGAUUAUUUGCUGAUGUUAUACAACCACACGGAAACCAGAUAAAACAUUCCCUUAUGCUGUAAGGAUCCUGGUUGGUUGGGAGAGCCAUGUCUCAAGUCAAAAUGCUGUGAUGUGUAAGGACAUCAGACUAUUAGAGGGGACUUGCUUAUUGCAGUAGCAUAAUACUUGUCUAAGAAUGUAGGCUACACGGGUCAGUUUAAAAGCACCUUACCUUAUGAAAGAUCAUGGCAAUAUGCUGAAUUUCAACUGAAUCAGGAGGGUAGCGGCUGGAAAAUGUAUAAUUAAAUUUUUGGCUAUUUGUCUUAAUGUUUUUAUAAUAUCAUUAAUCCUCAAAAGGGAUUAGGUCUCACUCAAAGAGCAAUCACUUGUCAUAUGAUCCCAUGUAACAGCGGUAACAAAGUCAAGUACGAAUAAUUUAACUAUUCAUACCAAGAAUGCACUCCCAGCAGUGACUGUUAAAGAUUACAUUUUACUGUCAUCCUCAGGUUUCUUUGUGAGUGAGAUUUAUUUUUUGUGGAUUUCUUUGAGUUUCACUGGCACAAUUGUCAGGAAAGAGUGCUAAUCUGUUGCAUGAAGAAAAGAAAAAAAAACGUUUUAUGUGGAUUUUGGUCAAGGGCACAGGAAAUGUUCCAUCAUACCACAAGCAAGGAGGAUUUAAGAUUUUGCCAGUUUAUAUGUACAUUUAUUCAUUAGGUUGAAGAUGAUGAAGCUGUCUGUAAAGCAAAAAACAACUUAUUGCUUGUCAUUCGAACUUUAUCCACUGGAGGCAAUGUAUUUACACUGAGUAUACAAAACAUUAAGAACACCUGCUCUUCCCAUGACAUAGAUUGACCAGGUGAAAGCUAUGAUCCCAAUUGAUUAGUUAAAUCCACUUCAAUCAGUAUAUAUGAAGGGGAUGAGACUGGCUAAAGAAAGGAUUUUUAAGCCUUGAGACAAUUGAGACAUGGAUUGUGUAUGUGUUCCAUUGAGGCUGAAUGGGCAAGACAAAAUAUUUAAGCGCCUUUAAACUGGGUAUGGUAGUAGGUGCCUUCACACCGGUUUGUGUGAAGAACUGCAACGCUGCUGUUUUUAAAAAAUUUUACAAGAAUGGUCCACCACGCAAAGGACAUCCAGCCAACUUGACACAACUGUGGGAAGCAUUGGAGUCAACAUGGGCCAGCAUCCCAGUGGAACGCUUUCGACACCUUGUAGAGUCCAUGCCCCAAUAAACUGUUCUGAGGGCAACUCAAUAUUAGUAAGGUGUUCCUAAUGUUUGGUAUACCCAGUAUAUAUUAUCAAUAUAUGGCUUGUUAUCAAUGUCUUAUCAAUGGCCAAGGAUAAUUUAACUUGUCUUUUGAAAGACCCCUUUAUGUUGGCCUACAAAUUCACUCAUUUCGUUGCUUGUAAAAUGAAUUUGUUUGUCAAAAUGGAGGAAGUCCAUGUGAUAAGUGAAUUUGUUUGUCAAAAUGGAGGAAGUCCAUGUGAUAAGUGAAUUGAAUCUGGUCUCAAAGCACAAAUGGCCACAUUGUUUCACUGUAUAUCAGUGUGGUAAAUCGUCACAGUUAUUACCACGGUUAAAGGCACCUUGCGUUGUCCUUCAAUUAAAAAAUCUAAUUCAUUAACAUUUUACAUACCUGAAAUGUAUGAAAGUUGAUACAACUGAAACACAAAACGUUUGUUAAAUGUUAUUCUCAUGACAAUUGAUAAAUGGUUUGAGUGUCCAAUAGUAACAUACAUUUGAUCAUUAAUAUCUUCAAUUGACAGCACUUUGGUGGCCUUCAAAAGCACACAUAUACAUAUUUAAGGUUGUCAUGGCAUAUUCACUGCAUGUUUGUCACAAAGUCAGAAAUACUCUGUCAUCUGCAGCGGCAGCUAUUACUGGUGGUGACAAGUGUUAUCAUUCACCUGUCCCAAUUCGCACACUGCAUUCUUCCAAUGUUGCUGCAACGUUCCAGUGCAAUUUACAGGAUUGCUACCAUAGAUUGCUAGUAACUUUGGGAAAACAUCCGGUGCUAGCUUUGCUAUUUUCUUCCCCCCCAUCUUAGUUUAAUUGCAUCAGUCAUAUUAUUAUAAUAAUUUUUUUACCUGAUUACAUAUUUCUAUGAACCACAGUAGUGAACAGUACGCUGGCGACCGAGUAGACAUUUUACACAUACCUGUCAAUCACACAGAUGGCACUCUUGAAUCCUCUCGACACAUGAAUCUCUUAUCAGUGAUGUAGUGCCCAUUCUGUAUUGAAAGGAGUGUUAGCUCCACUUGUUUUGGAAUGGAAUUUAAGGGAAAAAUCAUAUUUUUAGAAGUAACUUUUUUUUUAAAUGCUUUCCAGUGUUAAAUGCUAUUGUCCUCAUUAAUAUAUUUUAAAAGAUUUGGAAAAAUGAAUAUAUAGUAUAGGGAGACGAAUCCCCCCCACCCAAAAAAUGUUUUUAUUGUGAAUUUACUAAAUAUUGCCAUACUCUGCAGCCCCCUUUGAAUCUGGGGCAAUACAAUGUUUAAAUUACUUCACAUGAAAUGAAUGCCUAUGUUAACACACUUAUUGUAUUAAACAUGAAGAUUCUAUUGUGAAA